AUGUUGAGAGACACCGCUCGUGACUUUGGUGAAGUGAAUGAAUUAGUAAUUAAACCGCAAGUAUCAGCAGGUAGUGAUCGCACACUACGUAUAGCUCUCAACAGUUCUUCAUUGUCAACGAUCGAAUCAACAUCACCUAUGAUGAUUCAGCCAUUUCUUGAAAGCAUUUGUAGUGAAGAAGAACUAUCUGUAUACAUCUUCGGUGGCAAAGUGAGUCAUUCAAUAGUCAAACAUCCGGCAAAGAACGACUUUCGAGCCAUACUAAUAUUUGGCGGUCACAUCAGCACAAUCCAUAAUCCAACCGAUGAAAUGCUCAAUGUCAUAUCUACUAGACUUACUGCUUGUCCUGUACACCCGAUCUAUGCUCGUAUUGACAUGGCGCGAGAUAAUUCCGGAGUUCUACAUGUCAUGGAACUUGAGAUAAUUGAACCUUUUCUUUGUUUACAUCAUGCCAGCGGUAAUGGUCUAUCAUUUGUUCGUGUUGUGUUAAAUGAAUGUUGA